AUGCGCCGUUAUGCAUCCGACAUCAGUGGCCCCCGAAGGCUAGAGGAGGACGAUGCUGGAUAUGUAGCGGACUCGUCGUCGUCGUCGUCCGAGUACGGGGACGGCGAGGAGAGGCCGUUGCUGAGGCGGGAGACUGAGUGGUGGGCCAGCGCAGCGCCGAGUGCGAAUGCUAGUGUUGAGACUGUGGUGGCCGUUGGGAAGGUGAAAGAGGGGAGGGUUGCUGAAGUGGUCUUAUUUGGCGUUUCGAUCGACGGCUCGGUUUCCAUAUUUACUACAGCGGAGGGCGGCGGACGGCGCUUAGAUCGUCAUAUAAUGUAG